CAAUCCGUAUAAAAGCUCUAUCAGCUGAUCACAACGACAUCACUCAGCGAUCAGUAGUCUUCAGCAAAGCACAUCCUCUACUGCAAUCAUUCCUCCAACCAUGGCUUCCAAAUUCGUUCUGAUCGUCGCUUCUCUGGCUUGCGUCAGCGCCGGAUACAUCCCGAGUGACCACUCCCAUCUGUCCUACGGUGUGGCCCCGGCUGUGAGCUACUCCAAUGUCAUCAAGAACGUUGCCCCAGUGCCAGUGCUGAGCAAGACCAUCCUUCCGGAGCCUCAGCUGUACCACGGAUACGCCCAGACUGCCCCGUCGGUUGUGGUCAGCAAGCCUCUGGCUCUUACCAACCCUCUGCCCGUUUCCUAUGCUGCCCCUCACUCUCUGUACCAGGCUCCGGCUCUCGAGUACACGAAGCCUCUGACUUAUGGCCCAUAUGCCAAGACUGUGAUCGCUGCUGAGCCAACCUACGCCAAGACUGUGAUCGCUGCUGAGCCAGCCUAUGCCAAGACUGUGAUCGCUGCUGAGCCAAUCUACGCCAAGACCAUCGUAUCGGAGCCCAUCUACACCAAGAACGUGUUCGCUGAGCCGAUCUACCCGGCCAAGACGCUGAUCGCUGAGCCCGUGUACGGCAAGAGCAUUCUCGCUCAGCCAGCUCCGAUCUACGGUGGAAUGGUUCUGUCCUAUGGCCCGCAGGUCGCCUACGGAGGCUAUGGAGCCCAUGGCUGUGAUGACCAUCACACGACGCCCCUCUCACAUCCUGUUGUUGCGGAUUUUCGCACACCGCCAAUCCGUAUAAAAGCUCUAUCAGCUGAUCACAACGACAUCACUCAGCGAUCAAUAGUCUUCAGUAAAGCACAUCCUCCUACUGCAAUCAUUCUCCCCACCAUGGCUUCCAAAUUCGUUCUGAUCGUCGCUUCUCUGGCUUGCGUCAGCGCCGGAUACAUCCCGAGUGACCACUCCCAUCUGUCCUACGGUGUGGCCCCGGCUGUGAGCUACUCCAAUGUCAUCAAGAACGUUGCCCCAGUGCCAGUGCUGAGCAAGACCAUCCUUCCGGAGCCUCAGCUGUACCACGGAUACGCCCAGACUGCCCCGACGGUUGUGGUCAGCAAGUCUCUGGCUCUUACCAACCCUCUGCCCGUGUCCUAUGCUGCCCCUCACUCUCUGUACCAGGCUCCGGCUCUCGAGUACACGAAGCCUCUGUCUUAUGGCCCAUAUGCCAAGACUGUGAUUGCUGCUGAGCCAACCUACGCCAAGACCAUCGUGUCGGAGCCCAUCUACACCAAGAACGUGUUCGCUGAGCCGAUCUACCCGGCCAAGACGCUGAUCGCUGAGCCGGUGUACGGCAAGAGCAUUCUCGCUCAGCCAGCUCCGAUCUACGGUGGAAAGGUCCUGUCUUAUGGCCCACAGGUCGCCUACGGAGGCUAUGGUGCCCAUGGCUGGUAAAUGUUUUGACUGUGAUAAUUUAUGGGUUGGAUGCGUGCUAAGAGAUAUUUGUGAUAUGUGCAAGAAUAAACGUUUAUUUAUGUAACCUUA